ACAACAUGAGGUGGUUUCCUGUGGGUCAAUCUUCUACUUCCUAAUUCAGCCACUUGAAUAGUGAGUCUCAAUCUUUCUCACACUUUCUGUAAUGGAGUUGUUCAUCAUCACUCUUCUGCAUUUUCUUAUGGAGGUUCAGUCAUAUAAAGUUCCUAAUCUAAAAGUGUCUCCUGAUGUCAUAAGAGAGUCAAACUCAGUACAUCUGAUCUGUGAGAGUCCAGCUGAUGUUAAAGUGAGUCAGUGUUAUUUCUAUUCAAACAAUGAGGAAAAUACAAAACUCAGUCAAUCAUGUCAGCUUCAUCUCACUGGAACUGAACUUCUCUUAUGGACGCGUGAAAAAUCACCUGUAUCACUCGACAUUAGAUGUUUAUACACAAUAAAUGAGAAAGGGAUUCAUAAACCAUCACCUUACUCUCCUCCUGUCACACUGACAAUACUAGGUGAGAUAUUUCACUGAUAUGUUUUUGUUUUAUAAACCAAUUUUCAUAUUUUUUUCUUGAUGUGUUUUAUCUUCAUACAGAUACUCUUAAGAAACCCUUCAUCAGUGUUGAUGACAGCACUGACCAGCUCAGUAUAUCAUGUGAAAUACCACUGACAGACAAAGCUGAAUUCAUCUGUAAUCUCUACACUGAGUAUGGACCUCUGACACACAGUCUUUCUCAGAGACGUACACAGACUGGAGAACAUCACUGUAUAUUUUAUAUUAGUCUGAGUGAAAUAUUCAAACAAAAUCAAACAGUGAACAGUCGACAGCUGAGUUGUGAUUAUUCAGUCAAAACAGAUCCUGAGAAUGAGAUGAACCUCAGAUCACCACGCAGUGAUGUCUACACUGUCAGAGGUUUUCCUCAGGCAAAGUUGUCAGUGUCUUCUUCAGUUAUCAUGGACAGAGACACAGUACAGCUGAACUGUAGUAACAGUGAGAAUCAGAAGAUGGACGAGUGUUACUUCAUAAUAGAUGGAAGAGAAAAUAAACAGAGCAGAUCAUGUCAACUAUCACUCACUGGAUCUGACAUCAUUAAAUGGUCAGGAGGUCAGAGGUCAUCUUUCAUCAUAACCUGCUACUACACUCUGUAUAUAUCACAAGAAGAUACCAUGCCAUCUCCACAUUCAGAUCCAGUAACAGUUCACAUUUUAACAUCAACCACCACUGUGGGUACAACAACAACAGUCAUGAAAACUUUGUCCGCUACUGUAACCAAAACACAACCUACAGCUGUUUCAACAGUAAAGCCAACUCACAAAGAUGUUAAAAAAGACACAAAAUCAGUUUUAACAGUAAAGCCAACUCACAAAGAUGUUGAAAAAGAUACAAAAGCAUGGGCAACUUCUAAAGCUAAAGUUUCAUCAUCAACCACCACUGUGGGUACAACAACAACGAUAAUGGUGACUUCUGAUCCUCAGAGCACUGAUAAUUCAGGGGCAACUCCUAAAGCUAAAGAGAAAAGAAUGUUGCUGAUAAUGCUGUUAGCAGUGGCGUGCUCUGUGAUUGUACUCACAGGACUCAUAUGUCUGUGCGGAUGUGCAUGCAAAAAAAGAUCUAAACGUCAAAGAACUGCAGGAGAUACGCGUGCUUCUGGACCUGCAGAUAUAUACUCUCUCAUCACUUCUGUACCAGACACAUCUCAACCCACAGACAGCAAACCAGGUCUCUCAGAUGCUUACUCGCUGAUUACAAACGUCCAGCCCUCAGGCCUCAAGCAGCCACAAUCACAAACCAAACCAGAGACUUACUCGCUCAUUACUUUAACUUCCCAGCCUUCAGACCUUAAGCAGCCACAGUCACACCAACAAACCAAACCAGAGACUUACUCGCUCAUUACUUCAACUGUCCAGCCUUCAGAUGUUUUGGAUAAUACACGAUAUAAGAAGGGACAUACUGAAAAGGAUGAAAAUGUUUAUCACGUCUACUGCACCGUCCCAGACAAACCAAAAGCUGUUGCUAAAGAUCAGACCUACAGUUUGGCUAUCUGACUUUCACUCAAUACUUCAUUAUCUUCUUCGUUUAUUAUUGAUUUACAAAAUUCAUGUGUAUUUGUUAAAUGUUUCAAUAAUAAAGUAGUUUUAUUUGCUGACAAACAUUCAUGAAAGUUAACCAGACAGAGCUAACGUUAAUCAGAAGAGUGCACACAGCAGCUAGCGUUCAGAGUAAAAUAAAGAGUAACUUACAUACCUUGUGUUUUCAUGUUUUCUGAUGAUUCUCCACACGAUGUAACUUUAAUGGUGAAUGAGGUUCUUCGUUACUUUCUUGCUAGUGUAGUUUGUCUCUCAAACUCGCGUACCACAAAAAUGAGUGAGGGGCGGAUCGAUCCUAAAGUAUCGAUAUUUCCGAUCCUGCCUUUGUAUCAAAAGGAUCGAUUCUCAAGUAAGUAUCGAUUCUACUUGUUUGUUUGUUUUUUAACAAGUGAUUUUAGAAUUUUAAGUAAUAAUUAGACACCGUUUUGUAUAUAAAUACACUUAAAUCGUAACGUCAGUGGGAACUAUAUCUUCUUACGCCGUAUCACCGCGUUCGCUCAUUCAGUCCCAUCUCCUUCCGCUGUGUCACUACCACACUCAGUCAGCGCAGGCAGGUUUAAAAAAGGGUUUAAGUGCAUUGGUGCGGUAAGUUAAUAAUGCAAAGCCUCAUGGGACAUUUGUUAAUAACAAAAAAUAAGCCACUGUGGUAAUACCACAACUAUGAUAAAGCAUCUAAAAGCAAUAUACCUUACAGAGCACGACGAAGUGGAGCCUCACAGUAAUCCCUGGUUUGAUUUUCAGUGCAUUCCAGUAUACUGACUUUUAUCAGGGUUUUAUUUUAUUUUCAAAAGCAGUAGAGUUUAUCAGUCAAAAAAAAAAAAAUUGUCAGGAAAAUGUUAAUGUCAGCAUUCAUUUGUUUUAUCUCCAAAACGUAUAAAGGGAAGAAAUCUUGUAAUAAUGUUCAGUGCAAAAAGUUGUCAUGUCCAUUUUAUUUGAUAUUAAUAAUGAUGACUAUCAAAAGACCCCAUAAAAUCACUUUAAUAA